AUGGCGCCUGCAGGGAGAGAAAGACAAACAAACCCGGGCGCGGCGGGUCAGCAGAAGCGCGGGCACCCGGGAGCCCCCUCCCGCCGCGACCGGCCCCGCCUCGGACACAGACCUGGACCUACGGCCGCUGCUCUCCCGGUCCGCAGCCACACAGGGGAGCGGCUUCCGGUACUUUACGUCAUCUCCGCGCGCUCCUCCCGUCCGCGGCGCCAGGCGGAACUGGCUGCACUUCCGGCUCCCGCCCACAGGAAGAAGAGGGAAAGUUACUGGGUUGUGGGUUCCCGCAUGCGCAGCAACAAAUUUCGACAUCUGGACUUAAUAAUUUUGAAAGCCCUGAAAUUGCUCAUAGACAACAUGCAGGUGACAUUCUGCAGACUCCGAACUCACCAGUGGUGUUUUAUUCUGUUUAAUGUCAUCCUAUUUCAUGCUUUGCUUUUUGGGGCUGACUUUGUGGAAGAAUACUUUCUGCAGUCUUUGCCUCAUGUCAAUAUGAAAGUUCUUGAAAUUAAGGACAAGGCAAGAAAGUUGAACAUGGAACCCCUAAGAAAUCAUCCUUCCAAAUAUUAUGUCCUGAGCCAGUCAGAGGUGUGUAAAGGGAAGAACGUUUUCUUGCUUUCUCUGAUCUUCAGUAGCCCAGGAAAUGCCCCAAGACGAGACCUCAUCAGGAAAACCUGGGGAAAUGUGAGUAGUGUCCAAGGGCACUCAGUGCUCACACUGUUUGCUUUAGGAAUGCCUGUUUUGGUAACUACACAGAAAGAAAUAGACAAAGAAUCACAUAAGAAUAAUGACAUCAUUGAAGGAAUCUUCUUGGACAGUCUGGAGAAUCAAACCCUGAAGCUCAUCAUAAUGACCCAGUGGGCUGUGACUUUCUGCCCUAAUGCUCUGUUCAUUCUGAAGGUUGAUGACGAGAUGUUUGUCAAUCUACCAAGCUUGGUAGAGUAUCUUCUGAAUUUGAAAGAACACCUUGAAGAUGUCUAUGUAGGAAGAGUUAUCCAUCAGGAUGCACCCAACAGAGACCCUCAGAGCGAAGAAUUUGUUCCUCUUAGUGAGUAUCCAGAAAAAUACUACCCAGAUUACUGUAGUGGUGAGGCAUUUAUAAUUUCUCAAGAUGUGGCCCGGAUGAUGUAUGUUGUUUUCAAAGAAAUACCCAUUAUGGUGCCUGCCGAUGUGUUUAUAGGUAUUUGUGCAAAAUCUCUUGGCCUUAAACCUAUCCAUAGUUCCAGGUUUUCUGGGAAAAGACACAUCAGGUAUAACAGAUGUUGCUAUAAGUUCAUUUUUACAUCUUCACAAACUGAGGAGACUGAAAUGCUCCUAGCAUGGAAGGAAAUCAGUGAUGGGAAAAAAUGUUCACUGUUUGAGACUUACUAUGGGCUCAUUUCCUGCAAACUUCUGACAUACCUUGACAGUUUUAAACGUUUUCACAUUGGGACCAUAGAAAACAAUGUUAUGUAUUUUGGUGAUUAG